AAAGAGUGGAACAGGUAUGGAACAGCUCCUUCCAUCCUUGCCUUCUUCUGUUUCUUUGCACAUCUAUUUCCAGACCAGCUGAAAACAGCAAGUUGUUCCCGUCUGAAACGCAGAAUCGGAGUUACAGAAACAGCCAGAGAAAAUGGCAUGUAACAUACCUAACCAAAGACAGCGGACUUUGUCAACAACUGGAGAAGCUCUGUAUGAAAUUCUUGGUCUGCAUAAGGGAGCAUCAAAUGAAGAAAUUAAGAAAACCUACAGAAAAUUGGCCUUGAAACACCAUCCAGACAAGAAUCCAGAUGAUCCAGCUGCUGCUGAAAAGUUUAAAGAAAUCAACAACGCCCACACAAUACUUACGGAUAUCUCGAAAAGAAGCAUUUAUGACAAGUACGGAUCCCUGGGACUCUAUGUGGCCGAGCAAUUUGGAGACGAAAACGUUAACACCUACUUCAUGCUGUCAAGCUGGUGGGCAAAGACCUUGUUUGUCAUCAUCGGCCUCCUGACGGGUUGCUAUUUUUGCUGCUGUCUGUGCUGUUGCUGCAACUGUUGCUGUGGACGCUGCCGGCCCAAAUCAUCGGCGCCCGAAGAGGACGUCUACGUGUCCCCAGAGGAUCUUGAAGAGCAGAUCAGGACCGACAUGGAAAAAGAUAUGGACUUUCCAGUUGUUCGCCAGCCUUCAAAUGCAAACGAGAAAACACAGCUAAUCACAGAAGAACCUCGAUCUUACUGCACAGACUCUUGAUAGUGAGACCACUGAGAGUCCCUAGGACUUCCCCUUGGUUCAGCCACAUCUCCAGGUGGUCAUGGGGGAGCAUGUAGGGCCAUAAAAUGCUGUGAACUUUUC